AUGGCACUACCGCUCCGAACAAGGUCGAUACCUCAAUGCUCGGCUUGCAUCCGCAGCUAUGCUUGGGCACCAUUCGCGGACACCACUACAGCGCCUGCUACAGCAUUGGGACAGCAUGUUCGAGGAAAGAAGAAGCUCGCGAACCUUUCGGGCACGAGGACUGCAAGACUACUGAAAGAUGUGCCUGGGUAUGGCAGGAGAGGCGCCAUCAUUCCCAUCGCAUCGGGUGAAAUGCGCAACAAGUUCUUCCCGCGCCGCAUCGCCGAAUACGUGACACUGCCCGAGCUUCGAACGAUCAAAGCGAACAACAUCCCUAUAGCGCGAGACUAUACUUUCGGAAAGGAAGAGCCGCUGCCAGAGGUUGCAACCAGUGAGACUGGAGCAUCAGGCAUCGCGAUCAAUGCCUCGGAGCCAACGAGGACACCGAAGAAACACGAAGUAGAAAAGCUAUCUCCCGAGCGAAGUAUAGAGCUCUUGGAGAUCUUCGUCAACCCUCGACUUGACUUCUACCGCCAGCCCAUCAUUGAAGAGAAGGAGCUGGAAGAAGAGGCGCCAGCUGCACCUAAGAUCAAGGAGAGACAACGAACAGCCUCGAGCGCUGCGGCAGAUCUACUAGCUGCACGUAUGCAGGCACCGAAAGAGCCGCCGAAGCCAGCAGGUCCGCAGGCUAUCUAUGGAUCUGUGAGCACGUAUGAUAUUUUAGUUGCUGUUCGGGUGGCCAUUGCAGAGAACGAUGAAGCAGCGAGAGUCAUUCUGGCGGAAGGUGAUAUCAGGUUCAUGGACGAGGAGGCUAGAGCUGAGGGUAAAGUGAAGCAUGUUGGUGACUUCACCAUCGAGAUCAAGGUCAAGGGUGCCGAGCGAGGCGUGAAGAGGACUGUGAGAGUUGUGCCGCAGGAAGCAUAA